ACAGAUGUCAACUGUACCCUUUUUUGCUACAACACAAGAUUAUCAUGAGCUUUCUUUUUUUUUUUUUUCCCUCAGCUGCACUGAUAAGGAUUUAAACGCUGUUGGCUGCAUGAACCAGGUAGUGACAGCUCCUCAUGGAGAAGGACUUCAUAUAAGCUAUGUGAUUGGAGGAGUUCUCACCAUUCUGGCGAUUCUGAUCCUUAUUGCUGCUUUUAUCAUCUACAGACACAAAAAGUCUAAAUUUGCUGAGCCUGGUGUGAGCAAUCUGACCUACAGUAACCCGUCAUAUCGAACAUCCACACAAGAGGUGAAGAUCGAAACGUCACAGAAGCCUCCGAUAUACAACCAGCUUCGAUAUAAGAAGGAGGUCGGAGUGGAUGGAGGCUACACGAAGGAGAAGAUCCGCAUAGUGGAGGGUGUGUGUCUCCUGUCCAGCGAAGAGCUUUACUGGGAUGAUUUAAAACAGAUCAAGCCAUCUCGAGGCGGCUUGCACACCUGCAUUCGCACAGACACCGUGUCCCUGCAGACCAGCAGCGCUUCACUCGACGACGGCGAGAGAGAGCAGCUCCUCCAGGAGGAAGCGUCUGAGUGCUCCUCUAUAAGCACGCUCACCCCCUCAGCCAUCACCCCACAGCGCCAUGCCCAGCACAGCCUGCCCGACACCGGCUGGGCUUCCAUACGCAAACCCUCAACCGAGAGCGAAGUGUGAGAGAGAUUCCCUCUGCUCUUCCUCCCAACCAUUCAUCACAUGACACACACACACCUGCAGACACCUGUGUUUAGAGCUGGUACAAAUUCAAAGCAUACAUAAAGUAAUAGUUCAUAUGAACCCGGUUAGACACAAAAAGCAAUUCCUGUCUUUGAAUCAGGAGCUCUGUCCUGCUUAUACACAUACACACAAAGCAGCAGCGCUCCUAGUGUCACCUCUUCCAGGCGAGGUGAUAAACUAAAGGAGCAUGCUGCUGUAAUAAAGCUGAGGACUCCAGGGAGGAUGUAAACAGAAGUUAAGACUAUCUGGAGGCUUUUUAAAGGACAGAGACUCAAGACGACUGCUUCUGUGUUUACUUUACCUUUGGAAAGUAUUUUGGGGGAAAAAAGCUAAACCAACAUAUUACAUGGAUGACUCUACAACAGCGCUCACUCAAAUGCCAGUCAUGACUAUAAAAACUCUAUUUAUGAACCUUUUCUUUUUUUUUUUUUUUUACUUGAGUGGGUUUUUGCUGAGUGUUGUGUGAGCAGUUUGUGCAGCAGAACUAAGCUUGGUUUUCUAACAGUGCCAAAGGGCGAGACUUCACGCAAUCUCCACUCUUCCCUCUCCGCCUUCACUUGCUUUUGGAGAUUCAGAAUUUUUCUGGGAUGUUUUUUUUUUUUUUUAUGUUAUUUUUUUUAAUGCUAACUCUACAAACUCAUUGUUGCAGUUUGAGAAAAAAAAACUCCCUCCUAAAGUUUUCUUCUGAUACGGAUGCAGGCUCUCAACAGUUAAUCUCAGAUGGUCUAAGCGUUGUUCUGCAGACGCAGCUGAAAAGUCUUUUAGUUUAUAUUUUAAUGCAUGUUAAUCCAUGAACAAACAUUAAAAAUGCAAACUCUCAAGUGUGAAACACUUUAUUCUCUCUCCUUCAGUUGUAUAUUUAAUAUUGUAUUGAUAAAAUGUUAAUGACAUUUCUCUUAUUUAGCUGUUUAGUCUUGCUGAUAUAUGGAAACAUCUCAACACAACUUGGUCAGUCUCAUUAAGCCUAUUUUCUUUAAUAUUCCCCCUAAAAAAAAGAGCAACAUUUUUGCUCAGACUUUCUAAACAGUUAAAUAUUAGCUAUAGUAGCACUUACCUUUAGAAUGUAAAUCUCUCUAGGGUUAACUAAUUCAGAACUUUACUUGUAAGCGGGUUAAAACAAACUCCUCGCAAUUCAGUUUAUUUAUUUCCCCUUUUAAAUGCUUUAUCAGUGUUUUUUACCUGAUAUUUCCAUGUGUGUGAUGAAUGUUCACUUUUGGCACGGUAUUGAUCAUAUUAAAGCUCUUCACUUUAUUAUUACUCUUCACUUUGGAUUUCUACCUUCUAAGCUUCCUGUUUAGAGGCAAGUGGGUCAAAAAUCUGUAUUUGCUGGGUGAAAUGGUACUUAGAUAAAAGAGAACAUUUACUGCUUUGUAACUUGAGUUUAGCAAUCUACUUCCUAAAAGAAGUGGUCCAGCAUGUAAAUCUUACCUCUUUAGGGUUCUUAUUUAGAAAUAAGUCUCUAACAUGCUCCCUGCUGACCCUAAUGCAAGUAACAGUUCUUGGGUAUUGCUUUGCCAUUAGAGUACAGGUCUUGCUGUUUAAAUGCACUUCAAAAUACUAUAUCACUAUACAGACAAAUAUAUCUUUUUGAUAUAAUAGAGCCGUGUAUUUUGAAGGAUCUGCUACAAGCUCAGCAACUCGCUGAUUUGCUGCUAGACUAAGCACUGAGGCUAAUGGAAGAGGGUCUUGGCAGCUACAUAACUACAGUCUCUAAGGAUUAGUUGACAGGAGGGCCUUCGGAGCAUUGUGUCGACCCAGUAUUAUGUUAUCCAGGCUCACAGUCUCUCAAACUUUGCUGCAGGACAUGCUUAAAAUGUACAGAUUUUACCAUGUGGAUUUAACCAAACGUUUCUGUUUAUAUUGUGUUAAAGGAUUUGUAAAGUCUUUUGUACAAAGGGAUUUAAUGACCGAUUUUAGACUUGUAUUAAUUUUACUCACUGGAGAGAAAAAAAAAGUAGUUUUUUUGUUUUUUUUCUUGUCUCUAUUUUUGCUGGAUUAUUUUAGCCACUGUGUUUUUAAGCUUUGUAAAUGACAUGAAAGGUGACAGUUAUUUGAUAGUGCUCUUUUAUCUUAUGAAAUACUGGUCACAUAUAGUUGUUGUAAAGUUAACAAAAAAGGUAUUUAUGAUUUUUUUUUCUUUAUGGGGGUUGUCAUUCAUCUGUAAAUAUGAAAAGGCUGUAUAUGUAUUUCCCUGGCAGUACUAACAAGCUGUGUUGUGUGAUAUAGUGAAUUAUUUCUUUGCUAUCUUUUAAUAUAAAAUGGCAUUUGCAUUUCAGUGAAAAUUUUGACUC